GGAGCCAGAGGACUUCUCAACGCCCGCACUGCCUUCAUGUAGUGUCCCUCUGAUGGAACAUCGACUUUGAUCUAACAACAUGACAGGAGGAGCUAUAAACUAGUCUGUCUGAGGCUGCUCUUCAGCCUGAUCCCAUCCGGAUAUUUCCCGACUUCAGUCACAGACUUCCCUUCACACCCUUCGGCCACACCUGCGGGGUCAAAGUUUGGAUCGCGUCAGGUGAGAGCGCAGCGCGCGUGUCCUUAUUUAGAGAAGGCGUCCGGCGCGUCACCGCUCGCUGACUCGCUGCGCGGCCACGACUCUGACAAGUGCGUGCGGCUUCGUUCAAUCGCCUCACACUUAAUGGCAUAGAAGACCGCGAUGGAGCUCUGCUGGGGACGCGCCGUCUUCACUGUGAUGGUCAUCACUCAAAGAAUCCUUCCCUCGCUGUCCUUCAACGUCGGUACUGCAGGUUCCAAGAUCUUCAGCGGGCCGGCUGAUGAGGAGUUUGGCUACACGAUCAAACAAGCGUCAAACCACGAAGGCAAAUGGCUCCUGGUCAGCGCCCCGUGGAGUGGUUUCAGUCAAAACAGGAAGGGGGAUGUUUACAAGUGUCAAGUCUCAGGCUCCAGAAACAGCUGUGAUAAACUCAAUCUCCAAGAUUCUGUGAGUAUGCCCGAUGUUAAAAACGUCAACGACGACAUGUGCCUGGGUUUGACUCUCACCCGGAUGCCUGCUGACAAUAGUUUGAUGAUGUGUGGUCCUCUGUGGGGACAACGCUGUGGAGAUCAGAUCUUCUAUCCAGGAAUAUGCGCCAAAAUGAACAGCCUCUUUCAACCUCAAGCCGCCUUCUCUCCAGCUAUCCAGUCAUGCGGAGGGCCGAUGGACAUCGUGAUCGUUCUGGACGGCUCCAACAGCAUUUACCCCUGGGCUCCAAUAAACGAGUUCCUCCGGAAAUUGAUACCUUCCCUCGACAUCGGGCCCAGAAACACGCAGGUCAGCGUCAUCCAGUACGGAGUUAAUCCCAAGUUCGAACUCAAACUCAAUCAGUAUAAAACCAAAGAUGAGGUAAUGACGGCUGCGUCCAAAAUCAUACAAGUGUACGGUACUUCUACCAACACCUUCCGUGCCAUCAAAUUUGCCAGUCUGUCGGGUUUCAGCGAAAGCAACGGCGGUCGACCAGGCGCCGCCAAGGUGAUGGUGGUGGUCACCGACGGGGAGUCUCACGACGUGGCUUUGAGAGAAAAUGUCCUCGCCGACUGCGAAAAGCAAGGCAUCACCCGCUUCGGUAUCGCUCUCCUGGGUUAUUACACCAGAAACAACAUCAACACAGACAACCUGAUCGAAGAAAUCAAGUCCAUCGCCAGCGUACCCAAAGAGAAGUACUUCUUCAAUGUGUCGGAGGAGGCGGCGCUCUCCACCAUCGCCGGAACAUUGGGAAGCCGCAUCUUCAACAUAGAAGGCACUGGGAAAGGGGGCAACAACUUUGAGAUGGAGAUGUCCCAGGUCGGAUUCAGCGCUCAUUACUCUAGCACAGAGGGUGUGACGAUCCUGGGUGCACCGGGGGCCUACGCCUGGAGCGGGACUGUUGUCCAUCAAAAGGGGUCAAAAGCUGAUGUUCUCCCCUUCUCGGCCUUUGAGAGAACACUUCAAGACAAGAACCACAGCUCACUCCUGGGUUAUUCGGUCACCACACUGAGUGACGGGUCCACGGAAUACUUUGUGGCUGGUGCACCUCGCUCCAACCACUCGGGACAAGUUAUCGUCUACACUGUGAUCGGCAAGAAUCAAACUGCUAUCAUCGAUUCAGAGCGAGGGAAACAGAUUGGGUCAUACUUUGGUAGCGUCUUGUGCCCCCUGGAUGUGGACAGAGACUCGGUGACGGAUCUUCUGCUGGUUGGUGCCCCCAUGUACAUGAGCGAUGAGAAAAGAGAGGAAGGCAGGGUUUACCUCUUCUCCGUCACCAAGGGUAUACUGAACGAGCAAGGAUUCCUCAGUGGUCCGCCCUCGACUGAGGAUGCACGCUUUGGGAUGGCUAUCUCUGCUGUUCCUGACCUGGACCUCGAUGGUUACAACGACGUUGUGGUUGGAGCUCCACUGGAGGACAAAGGGAAAGGUGUCAUCUACAUCUACAAUGGAGAGAACAAAGCUUUAAACAAACAGUUCUCACAGAAAAUCCUUGGCUCCAAACUGGAUCCUCAGUUGCAGUAUUUUGGAAGGUCCAUAGAUAGCUUCGCAGACCUGAAUGACGAUACGCUCCCUGACAUCUCCAUUGGCGCCUAUGGCAAAGUGGUGCAGCUCUGGUCCCGAGGUGUGGCGUCCGUCUCGGCUAAAGCUUCUUUCAACCCUGAUAAAAUCAACAUUUUGAACAAACCCUGUGACAUUAAGGGACGGAAGCUCACGUGUUUCAACACCAACCUCUGUUUCCGUGCUGUAUUCAGGCCUAAGAACCCUGUUGGACCAAUCGAUAUAUCCUACACGUUGACUCUGGACGCUGACCUGCAGGCAUCACGUGUUACCUCAAGAGGACUGUUCAGUAAAAACAAUGAACGUUUACUCACAGAAAAAGCUAAAAUAUUAUCUACGCCCUUGUGUCUAGACUACCAGGUGUAUGUUCAGGAAGCGCCAGACUUUGUCAAUUCCAUCAGUCUGAAAGUAGAGAUCGAGCAGCAGAAUGCAGAUGUGAACCCUGUCCUUGAUACGUCUGCUCCAAGUGCCUGGGAGUUCUUUGUGCCUUUCACAACAGACUGCGGCUCUGACAAUGUGUGUAUCAGUGAUCUGGUGCUGAGUGUGAAGACGGACACGAAAGCUUCUAGCUCAGUUCCCGUGCUGGUCAGCGGCAACAACCAGGAGCUGUCCUUUGAAGUGGUCGUGAAGAACAAAAAGGAGAAUGCUUACAACACUCGGGUCACAGUGACCUACUCCGGGAACCUCUUCUACUCCUCCAUAUUUCCUCCUACGGGCGAAGUCAAAUGCACCUCAACACAAACACAAACCGUCACCUGCCAAGUGGGGUACCCAGCACUGAAAACAGACCAGGAAAUGAAAUUUCAGAUGAAUUUCGAUUACAAUCUUGACCAGUUAGACAACCGAGCCGAGGUGAAAUUCGAGGCCGAGAGUGAUGGUAAAGAGGAGAGGCCUGCAGACAACGUGGUGGACUUAUCCAUUCCUGUGCGAUACGAUGCUGGUGUUGUUCUAUCAAGGCAGUCAAAUAUCAAUUUCUACGUGGCGGAUGCCAUUGUUCCCGUGGUGACAACGGUGAAGAGUCUUGAUGACAUCGGCCCCGAGUUUAACUUCACAGUGAAGGUUUCAACGAGUAACUUCCCCGUCAGCCUCCUGUACUUGACCAUCGCUCUGCCAGUGACCACUAAAGGUGGAAAUCAGCUCCUCUAUGUCACCAGUGUGGACACACAAACAGGAGGUGCGGUCACCUGCGACUCCAGCGGCCUAGUGGAUCCUCUGAAGAUCGGAGAGAAGAGCCACGAAGCGUCCUUCUCCGAGGAGAACCUCAGAGGCACGGAGAGUCUGAACUGCAAGAGUGCCAAAUGCAAGUACAUAAAAUGCAUCCUCAAGGACACGGAGAUUAAAAGUGACUAUUUUGUGAAAGUGAAAACAAGGAUCUGGAGUGGCACGUUUCUUUCGGCCUCCUACCAGACCAUCGAGCUGACCUCCGACGUGGACGUCGAGACCUCAAACCCCGACCUGCUGGUCAUUGGCCUCAAGCGGCUUCCGGUGGUGGUGACCAUCAGUAAACCCGGAGUGAAAGGCGACGUUCCGGUGGGAGUGAUAGCAGGCAGCGUCAUCGCUGGACUGCUGCUGUUGGCUCUGGCAGUCGGGCUUCUGUGGAAGUUUGGCUUUUUCAAGAGAAAGUACCAGCAGCUCCAGACGGAGGCGGAUGGAGACGCGCAGAGCCGCCCGCAUGUAGACGAGGUGCUGUGAUCCGAGGAGCCAACCCCCCCAGCGAGGAAGACUGGCAGCACGUCACCGGCUCUCAGAGUGCUACUGGGCCGCCGCUCAAUCACUGGAGACCUUUUUCUACUGAAAUGGUUCAGUUUGUGGAUAACUGGUAUUCAAUCUUUUUUAUCUUUAAUAUUGGUCUGUCUUUUUUAAACUUUGUGGACACUGACUUUGUAAGGAGUGUAUUUUUGCCAAAUGUGAAUGCACAAGUCUUUUUUUGGGCCUUUGGCGAAGUUGAUGUGGAGGUUUAAACUGUAAAGGGAUCUCAUUUAUACACUGCCAUUGGCUUUGUUAACAUACGGGGCAACAUGGUCGAGACAUAACAGCUUCUAAUUAGGAAAAUGUAGAUGGCCUGUCGCACUUGUUUGUACUGUACAUACUGUAAGAUAAAGUGAUUAGCGUUUAUGUCGGCUUUUAUCUUAUGGAAAGAUGAGACGCCCUCAGGCCAUUGGAGUGGCUACUUGGUGUUGUUGUUUUUAUUGAGAUAUCUUGUUGUUGUUUUACCACUGUGGGUAUGUAUAUUUCUGUAGCAUAUUGUGUUUUUAUUAUCUGCAGAUUAUUUUCUUAGUUAAUAGUUCAACAAAACAUGUUGGCUGUUUCGUGCAAUUUACAUUACAAAAACCUACAUUUCUGCCUUGUAAGACAAAGAAAGUUUGAACAAGCAAAUAUUUAGGCUUUUUUUUAAUUUAUCAAACCCAAUACAAUUGUCACAAUCUUUGAAGAUACAAUAUUUCCUGUUAAUAAGCUGAUUGAAGACUUUGUUCCAUCUUCAAAAUGAUUUAUCACUAUCAGGGCAAAGGGUUAUUAACGCGCCUCGGCUCCUCGAACGUUUAUGUAAUGUAGUGUCUAAUGUAUGUAUGUAAGUGUAUUGGCGGAGCUUCGCCACAAGGUGGCAGCAAUAUACAGAUGACCUGUGACGAUCGAACCCUCCGUAAUAUCAAGUAAAAACUUAAGACCCA